AUGCUGCUAACCCUCCUUGCCCUUCAGUGUUUCGUCACUGGGGCCACCGCCAUGAAUGGGAGUCUCGCCUCCCAGGGGAGUUUCGCCUCUCCUGAUGCCCUGCAUGAUGAUGUGAUGAAUGGGAGUGACGUCUCCCCAAUUCGCGACAAUGCAACCGUUCCAAAAGUAUAUGAAAGGCAACUCAUGCCUCUGCCGAAGCUGAAGUGGAUCAGUGGUCCGGUGUCUCGUCACCGGGUCCACACGAUCGUGAUGCUGACCGUCACCUUGACGGGCGGUACUGCCCGCCUACCACCGAGGUGGGAACCAGGAUCCAACACAUCCUUCAGAGCGUGGACUCAGGACUUGAUGUUGUGGAGCAUCUCUUCAGAUGCUGAGCCGCACCAACAGUGCGCCCUGGUCAUCUCACAGCUUGGCGGUGCUGCCCGUGAAGUUGCGAGGACCAUGUCACCAGCCGAGGUGAUGAAUGGAGGAGUUGUGAAUGGACAACACCUGGAUCCUCUUAGCUAUCUCAUCCACGGCCUCAGUAGCCGCUUCGGACCACUCGAUGACGAAGUGCGGUUGCGAAGCGCACAGGAUUUACUAUCCUUCAGCAGGAGGACGGGCGAGUCAACCGACACGGUGUUGUCAAGGUUUGACAUAGUCAGACAACGUGCCCGUGCCGAUGGCGGGGGAGCCACAGUGAGCACCGAGACGGCAGCGCUCAUUCUGCUGAGAGCUGUUGGUGCCAAUCAUACCCAGUUCCAACAGUUGACACAGCCUUUCGGCUAUAGGUUGCCAUCCACGGAACAGGAAUUCUUGCACAUGACAAGCGCCAUCAGACGGCUUGGACACAUAGUGGAAAGCCAUCGUGACAACAUUGCCUCAACCUUGAGAGGCAAUCAGGGGUCGAAUCAUUACUGGGCAGGUGCGUCCCCCAGUGAUGAGACAGGCCCGAACCAAGAAGAUGGCCAAGAAGCUGACGGUGCCGAUGCAGGUGGAAACUGGUCCUACCUCACGAACAAUGGUGAGUCGGACACAGACAGUGCCACAUCCAGCGACAACAACUCGCUGAUGGACAUCUCAGGCCUCAAUGGAAUGUCCUCGUUCCAAGUGGAUGAAUACCUGUUUGGCAGGUACCAACAUGCCAAGAAGAGAUGGCGAAGGUUCACUGGCAAGCCUGUUAGAGCACUUCGACGCGUGCUGCGUCGCAAAGGCAAGGGCAAAGGCAGUAAAGGAGGCCUUGGACAUGCCUAUGUCAACAUCAACGAGACGCUGCAGCAAAGUCCUUCUACAAGGGGAAGGGAAAAGGAGGCAAGAGCAGCGGGAAGGGAUUUGGCAGAAGCAUCUGCCAAUCUCAGUACCACCUCCGUGCAAGAUGCCCACAGAGGAGUGACGCCUCCCAGCCAGCAGCAGCGGCCACAAGUUCCGUUGGCCAGAUCCACCAUACGUCGCAGGCAAACCAAGCGAGCCGCCCAGCCUGGAAGUGAACAGUCUUGGAGUCGUAUCGGCACUCCAAGAGAAGAUGGUGGAAAUCAGGAGGGACAGCAGCAAAGCCAAGAAGGAGUGUCGACUCCUAAUGCAGCCAAUGCGCGACCCGGUGACAGAACUCCUGAGGUGUAUCACAUGACACCAGACCCUCUGCAGGAGAACGAUCCGUGGCGGACAUGGAUGACAGCUGAACGCCCGCAAGGAUCAGCAAGUAACCCAAUUCAGCCAGCGCCAUCGCACUGGCAAGGUCCAGCUGCAUCGACGCUGGACCCCGGAAUAUCGGUUCCUGCAUGGCACGUGCCGGAUGUGAGAUCCUUUCUGGAAGCCUCAGGACUGUCUACCACCAGACCAAUGGUGGGGAGUGGCACUGAGCAAAUGGUCUUGCCGCCGGUGCCGACAGCAUACACCGCCGCAACUCAGGCCCUGCAGGCAAUGGUUGAACCGGCACUUAGUGGAGGAGCAGUUGCAUCAGAAGCCGCUGGUCUCUUCACUCAGGUCCAUGCUGGGAGACAGGAGCGGCGACGUGAGAGUCGCAGUCACCGUGAACAGCAAGAAGAACAACAAGAGCCCGAACCUCAAGCUGCGCAGACCAGGGAGUCUCGCCCCCGCGGCGAUGGAGGCCUGGAGGUGUACCAAGACACCUGCACAAUCUGCCUGAACCGGUUUGCGGCAGAGGAUCACUGUUGCAGACUGCAGUGUCGACACGUUUUCCACUGUGUCUGCGUGGGUGAGUACCUUCAGCACAACGCACCCAUAGGCGAAGGAGACAUCCGCCUGGUAUGCCCCAACUGCAGGGAAGACACUCAGGUCGAUCGUUCGUGGGUGCAGCCGACCUUCAACCUCCAUGCGCAGCCCACAGUUGAGGAGCAACUGAAUGAAGCCGUCCAGACCCCAGUUCCGUCUGAGGCAAGUGCAGUAUCUGCUGAAGAAUAUGUGACGCCGGACAAUAUCCGGUCGUAUCCAUGGUGGCCAAUCCCCGAAACAAAUCCACCAACACCAGCCGAUGCAACUGAGUCCAGCCAUGGGUACCAUUCGACUGUCAGGUGCGACGAUGGUCAGUUGGGCCUUCUGGUCGACCCAGGCAGCUAUGGGAAUCUCGCGGGAAGCGGAUGGGUUGAGGAGGUGGAAAAGACCCUCCAAAGCCAAGGAAAGACCGCAUCACGAGAAACCCGCAGUGCACCCCUUCGCGUCGGUGGUGUCGGCAAGGGAAGCCAAAACUGUCGGGAAGACGUGGUCAUUCCGUUGGCCAUCCCAAGAUCCGAUGGGACAGUGAAAGGUGGCACCUAUUCUGCCCCGGUCAUCGAAGGGUCAAAUGCACCAGCCCUAUUGGGCCUGAAGUCCUUGACACAGCACAGGGCAGUCCUCGACCUGGUGUCCAACCAGCUACACUUGCUGGGGCCAGGAGAGUCCCGCUUCGAACUGGCAGAAGGGACAGAGACCUUUAAUUUGACCCGGGCAGCCACUGGACACCUGCUGUUGCCUUUCCAAGAGUUCUCACGUCUUGCGAGUGGGUCUCAGGGAGUGCGCCAUCUGUUCAGUGAGGAGGGCAUCCACGAGUCAGGGUACAUGACCACUGUCAAGACCGAGCAAUGCAAACAGGAGCCGACCAACACCCCGGAAGAUGCAGACAGAGCGUCAGAGCCUGCUGCAGCAAGUCCGGUCGAGCCCAGCAUUGCAGUUGCAUCCGAUGCACCUGAGGAGAACCAGGAAGGUCAGAGCAGAGAGGCAGAUUCCCAAGCGCCGACGUCACCAGCUGACGAACCAGCCCCGGAGGCAGGAGAGACUGUGACGCCAGUCCCUGCCGCUGAGGCCGAAGAAGCCAAGAGCAGCAGUCCGGAAGUGACAGCUGCAAACGAGGCUGUUCCGCCAGUCUCUGUUGAAGCAACAGCCGAGCCCAAGGCAGAGCCCGCAAGCCGUCACACAGGUGACUUCAAGAAUCUGAUCUUGGACGAGAUCGCAGACCGCGAAGGAUACCCCGAAGAAAAGGAGCUGACCAGGGAUCCAAGUGGGGCUCGCUCACGCCGUGGCAGGCGGCGCCGCCGGAAGAGACGCUGUGAAGCAGAAGAGGAAGAAGACCCGGCGGGGUCGCCCGACGAAGAGGGCCGCGGACGAAGACGAAAACGGUCACCUGUCUCGCCAGGUGCCGUUCCAAGGGAGACAAAACGAUGGGCAUCCCAAGGGUCCCAGACUAGCCAUGAGGAAGGGGUCGAAAGAGCGCCAAGCUCAGCAACUGACCAAACGUCAGCAUAUGACACUGACCGUGGAAGUGUGGUGCUUACACCACGUCGUGAGGGGCCAAUUGACAAAUCAUAUGUGGCGUUGCCUUCGGAGACGAUCACACCCAAGAGUGGAUCAGCAAGCAGCAGUGCACGCCCUGCUGAAGUGGCCAAAGCAUGCGAGUCCGUGGCAGCGCAACUGCCCAAGGAGCGCGGUGCAGGUAAGUCAAGCCCACCGCUGCCGCCUCCACCGCGGCGGUUGGUGACGAGGGAAGAUGAUGGCCAAGAGUAUGAGGUGGUGAGAGGGGAGCGACUGCCGCCGCCGCCGCCGCCGCGGCCGAAGCGACUCCUCCAGCCACCACCAGAGCCAAAGAAUCCGCCAACGGCCAAGACUGGAGCUGCAGGAGCUCGACCCUUGCAGCGCGGAACCGAUGCUGAGAUCGCGAAAGCUGAAGCACACCUCACAGAGGUGAUGGCGAACCCAAGUGCGACUCGCACAGCCAAGCGCAAGGCGCGAAGAGAGGUGCGUCAAGCCAGAGGCGAGCCGCCUCCCAGUUGA